AUGACGGCCUCUCAUGAUGGGGCGCUCGUGGUGCUCCACUACGUUUAUCCCGUCGUCGUCUUCGCCUACUUCGCCAUUGCUUCCGUCAGCGUCGCCUUCACCCUCCAAAGCCACGCCGCGGCCAGGAGAACCGAUGCCGACCCCAGGAGGCUCGUGGCUCUCGGUGCUCUGACCGUCUUCGUCUUAGCUCACCUGGCUCAGCUCAUCAUCAUCCUUGUCCGCUCCAUCUUGCUGGGUCUCCUGCCAGCCGAGGAUGAUCUCGUCAUCGGUCACCUCUCCUGCCUUCUCGUCUUUUCCCUCCAGAUCGGCCGCCUCUUUGAGGUCUCCAGGCCAGUCUGGUACCCCUUCUGCGGCUCCUGGAUACUGGCCCUGCCAUUUGAAGCCGUCAUCACGGUAUCCCCCUUUGUUGGGAACCACCGCCCUCCCUCCAAGACGCGGACUCUCGCCGACGUUGUUGCCGGAUCUGUACGGUGCGCAUUGCUCCUGCUGCUCGUUGCCUUCUUUUACUGGCGCCAGGUCACCAGCCAGUCCUGCCAGCCGCUCGAUGAGGAGAGGCAACCCCUCAUCAAUAAGCCCAAUGACGAUGGAUCCAACUCCAGCUCAACCCAACCCGCAGGUCCUGCUGCCGCUGCCGCCUCUACUACGACGGAAAAUCAGCAGCAGCAGCAGCAGCAGCAGCCUCAGUCGUAUGGUACUACCAACAAGACACAGAAUGGCGGCGCAAAUGUUGCCGAGACUCCCUGGCAGCGCAGGAGAAGGCAGCAUCAGGAAAUAAUGGAAAAGAGGUUGGAAGCUAGCGGCAACUGGCUCAAUUACGUCAAGGACUUCAAGAUCUUCUUCCCAUAUAUCUGGCCCGUCGGAAUCCCACGACUCCAGCUACAGGCCGUUGCCGUCAUCAUCUGUCUUCUCGUCUCCAACUUUCUCAAUGUCCUCAUCCCUCGUCAGAUGGGUGUCAUCAUGGACAGUCUGAGCGGGACCAGGGAUGGGAACGCAUGGGUUGCCGUCUUGGUAUACAUCAUGCUUCGUCUGGCGUCAUCCGAAUCCGGCCUUGAACUUCUCCGCCAGUGGCUCUGGAUUCCCGUCCAGUACUAUGCCUCGGAGACCAUCUCCCGAGAGGCCUUCUCCCAUAUCAUGCAUCUCUCUGCCGACUUCCACGAUUCCGAAAGCACGUCUGAUAUGAUGAUGGCCAUUCAAGGUGGCAGCGCCGUUUCUAACAUUGUCGAGACGGUCCUCCUACGCGCCCUUCCCAUGUUCAUCGAUCUGGGCGUGGCCGUCGUGUACCUGUCCGUCACCUUUGGGCCGUACGAGGGUCUGACCACCGUCGUCACUGGCACCGUGUUCCUCCUCCUGGCGAGCAGGUUGGUCGGCAAGUCCAGGGAAGCAAGCCGAAGCCGCGUUGCUGCCCACUUCCAAGAGUACUCGAUCCGCUCCAGCGGCUUCGUCGCCUGGCCCACGACCAUGGCCUUCAACCAGCUCGGAUACGAAGACAAUCGACACGCCAACGCUGUUGCUACUCGCUGGCUCAAGGAGAAGCAGUACAUCCUCGGAUGGAACUUUUCGGUCGCCCUCCAGAGCGGCAUUCUGACUCUGGGUCUGACGACGAGCGCCUUCAUUGCCGUGCGUCGCAUCCAGAGCGGAAAGGCCACCCCCGGACAGUUUGCCAUGCUCCUCAUGUACUGGGCCCAGCUGUGUGCACCCCUCAACUUCUUCUCCAGGCUCGGCAAGAAUAUCAGCGACGAUUUUGUCAAGGCCGAAAAGCUCCUCGCAAUCAUGAAGAUGCAGCCUACCGUGCAGAACAAGAAGGGUGCCCGGCCCUUCAAGUACAGUGGCGGAGAGAUUGAGUUUGACAAUGUCUGUUUCAGCUAUGACGGAAAAAAGCAGGUUCUGAAGAGCAUCAACCUGCGCGUAGCGCCCGGCACCAAGGUGGCAUUUGUAGGAUCCACGGGAGCCGGAAAGUCGACGCUGCUCAAGCUCCUCGAUCGCUUCUACGAUGUGACCGAUGGUGGUAUACGUUUUGACGGUCAGGAUAUCAGGGACGUUGAUCUGUUCAGCCUUCGAGACCGCGUCGGCCUGGUACCGCAGAGUCCGGUCUUGUUCGACAGCAGUGUCAUGGACAAUGUUCGCUACGGCAAGAUCACGGCGAGCGAUGACGAAGUCUACGAUGCCUGCAGAGCUGCCUGCAUCCACGAUAAGAUCCUGGAGUUUACCGACGGAUACGAUACAAGGGUUGGCGAGCACGGCGUAAACGAUGCGAAAGCUAAUCUGUCAUUUUCCAGGAAACUCUCCGGCGGUGAGCUUCAGCGUGUCGCCAUUGCCAGGGCUAUCCUGAAGCAGCCCGAUGUGGUCCUCUUAGACGAGGCGACGAGUGCCGUGGACACGGACACGGAGCAGCAGAUUCAGAUCUCCUUUAAGCGACUGCACCGACUGUCGACCAUUAUGAAUGCCGACCUCAUUGUCGUGAUAGAAAAGGGGCGUGUUGUAGAGACGGGCUCUCACGAUCAGCUGAUCCGCAAGAAGGGCAGAUACGCCGAUCUGUGGUCCAAGCAGUCGUUCCUCGAGCCUCACAGUUACGAGGAUGACGAGGAUGACCAGUUGAAGGCUGCGGGGAUCGUCAAUGACCUCCCACAGAGAAAGCCUACCAGCAGCGGCUUGAAUGGCAAGAUGAAGCGAAGCUCCGGUCUCAAGGCACAGCUUGGCUCCCGGAGCUCUCUGCUCAGCCCUAUUGCUCCCACCUUUCGACCCCGGAAUGCCCCUCCGAGAGCAUAUAUCAUUCCACCGGAGCGUCGCCAGUCGACAUCCGAAGAGUCGGGUGCCGCGACGAGCAAGGCGGCUUCCAGCUCCCGGACCAGCUUGGACGUAUCUGACGAAGCUUGCAUGCCGCCCAUGCCAGAGGCUACCGAGUCAGUCUCCAUUGCCGACGAGCCGGUGCCUGCUAGCGAGCUCAUUACCAAACCUGGACAAUGCAAGAAUGAUCAAAAGAUCAAGGUCUCUCAGCAGGCUAUCAACCGUGCUCUGGGAUUUGGGAAGCAGGCUGAGGAGAAGGUUGAAGAUGAAGGCGUGGCCGACAAGCCAGAGAGUUCCGAGAAGGCGAGGAUCUGUGAGCAGUACCCCUUCCCUUGA